AUGCGAAGGGUUAUUGCCAUUGACGGCACACAUUUAUACGGCAGGUAUGAGGGUGUGUUGUUUUCUGCCGUCGCACAGGAUACUGAGAACCAUAUCUACCCAAUUGCUUUUUGCGUGGCGGACAAGGAGUGUGAUGAAUCCUGGACCUACUUCUUCGAGCAGCUAAGGUAUAUAAUCGACGAUGAACCAGACUUGUGCAUCAUCUCUGAUAGGCACAAGAGCAUAGCCAAUGACGUUUCCAGAAUUUUUGAGCAUGCUCAUCAUGGACUAUGCAUGAAGCAUCUUGCAAAAGCAUAUGGUUACCAGGAGGUCAAUGAACAUUUUCAGGAAUUAAGGAAUAAAUGCCCUGAAGCUGCUAAUUGCCUCGAGUUUGAUAUUGGAUUUGACAAGUGGAGCAGGGCAUAUUUUCCGAGCGUGAAUAGGUACGAUGCAGAGACGUACAGAUAUCAGCAGUUCAAUCAAUUAUUUGUGCCUUCAGCUGAAAAGAUGCUAAGGGAAAAGAUGAAUGACGGCGACUACUUGUUUGUCAAUAAUAUAAACGGGGAUGCCGACGAGUUUAUCGUAGUCAGCAGUGGCCUAGCUGCCAAAGUCAAUCUACUGAACAAAACAUGUACUUGUAGAGAGUAUGACUUGGUGAAAUUACUGUGCGCUCACGCGAUGGUAGCCUUGAGAUUAAAGUACGGACCUGAUUAUUGUUCGAGCAUCUACGAGUAUUCCUCGCCUAUGUAUAAAUUUCAGUCUUACAUUCUUGCAUUUGGUGAAACUAUUAAUGUAGUCCCUGCAGAGUCAGAAUGGGAAGUCCCAGAGAAGUACGCAAACAUGUAUAUUCCUCCACCCCUUUACGAACCCAAACUUGGAAGGAAGAGAGUGAAGCGUAUUCCUGGCAUCGCGGAAUCUUUCAAGUCCCGGGGAAGUAGCAAAGGGACGAGAAACAAGUGCUCGAUUUGCAAGGGGGCUGGUCACAAGAAAACAACUUGUCGAUAUUUGAGAGAGCAUCCCACUUGA